AUGCAUCGGCGGACCGAACCGUCCCAGGGCCUCGCCAAUCACGCCAUGAACCCUUUACUGACUCCAUGUAUUGUACAGGGCUCGAUCAACAAACAAAUCUCGCGCUUCGAGACGACGGCUGUAUACACACAUCCCGAUGCCAAGGUCGACGUGGUCCUGAUCCACGGUCUAAACGGCGAGCCGCAGAAGACAUGGACUGCUAAAAAUGGGACAUUUUGGCCUAGCGACCUCCUACCGAGUUCUUUGAGGGAUGCCAAGGCCAAUGUUUUGGUGUACGGGUACAAUGCGGACGUCUACUCGAAGAAGCAUGGCGGCAGCCCGAGCGACAACUUCAUAUAUAUGCAUGCGCAAACGUUGGUUACCAGCUUGACGCACUAUCGCAAAGAUGAAAUGUCCUCGAAGAACCCUAUAAUCUGGGUCUGCCAUAGUCUCGGCGGUAUAUUGCUCAAGCGGGCCCUCUUAUACUCGAACGAUCUCAAGUCAUCACAACAUGAGGACUACCGUGGGAUAUAUGUCUCAACCUACGGCAUAAUCUUCCUCGGUACGCCGCAUUCGGGCUCAGACAUGGGGGCAUGGGCCGUGAUGCUGCAAGCCAUGUCUGAUGCCGUGGUGCCCCGGGCAUUCUGGCAUUCGGAGCCUGUGCUGCUUAGAACACUGAAGAAAGACAACGAGACGCUGCAGAACAUCAACAACCACUUUCUUGACAUUUACCAACGGUUCAAGAUUAUGUUUGCUCAUGAGAACCAUGCAACUGACUUGAAGGGUACCAAGAUGCUUGUUGUCGAUUCGCAAUCUGCAAGUCCGCAGCUACCAGGCGUAGGUUAUUUCGCGAUUGAGGCAACCCACUCAGGCAUGUGCAAGUUCGACAGCAAGAAUGCACCUGGUUAUAGAACAGUAGCCACCUCGAUCAGAGACUGGGUUAUUGAGGCUCCUGAUGUCAUCUCGACGAGGUGGCGCGUGGAGGAGGAUGAGAAAUUAGCAAGAGCGCAGCAUGAGAUCGCGGAGCGGAUGAAGCCUUGGCUCAAACAAACUCAACUCGAAGCAGGACCAGGACCAAAUCAAGACCCUAAUAAUCAGAUUAAUUCCCCUACCGACCCCAAGUCCCCUGCCAAGAUUGCUGGUGCAGAUAAGAAAUUGUUAACGGAGUCGGAUCCGAACGACACCGAUCUGGAACCACCCUCGCAAGACUCGACGGACCAAGACCUAUCAAGAGAACCGAUAUUUGUCAAGCCCUUAGUUUUCAAACCGAACACCUUCUUCAAAGGCCGAGACCAAGAAUUGAAAGAACUACACAGGAGGCUGAUGGAUCGUGGCCGGAGAUCUCGAGGCACUUCGUCUGUACUUAUUCAAAGUAUGCCAGGUGGUGGCAAAACGCACCUUGCACGGCAGUAUGUGUUCGAGCACAAGUACCAAUACCCAGGUGGCAUCUUCUGGAUAAGAUCGAAAUCGUUGCAGGAGCUUGAAUACGGCUAUUGGGACAUAGCCAAGACCGUACAGCUCAAGGAAGUCCAGGGCCUCGAUCUUGAUGAGUUUAACGACAUCCAGAAAAUGGUCAAGGCAGUGCAGGGGUGGCUUAGUAGGAACGAGGGCUGGCUUCUGGUUCUAGAUGGCAUUCACUUUGACCUGCCUGGUCUCGAGGAUUUCAUUCCUUUUGCAAAGAACACCAGCAUCAUCUUCACUUCUACCGAAAGGACAGCUGGCGAAGACUACCAGUUCGAUAACCCGCAGAUCAUCGCUCUUGAUUCCUUAACACCCCGAGAAGCCCAGGAGUUACUGCUAGAAGAGAUGGGAAAGAAGCAGCCAUGGAAUCAGGACGAUCUGAGUCGUGCUAUGGAGUUGGUGCAGCUCAUGGACCGCCUGCCACUUAUGAUACAUGUGGCCGCUCUGCAGCUGAAAGCCACGAGAGAGCCGCUCUCAAAAUAUCUUCGUUCUUACAAGAGUCGGCCGAAGGUUGGGAAAUUGCCAGCAUACAGAGCGGUUCGCGAGCAGCUUCAACAUAGAGGUAACGUGGCAGCUCUCAACUUGAUGUCCAUACUCGCGUUCUAUAGUCAGCACGUUCCAGUGGAGAUGCUGGGUCUAGGAUUGAAGGCACUGACUAGGGAAACACCUGUCAAGACCUGGGACCCGGAGACGAGGAAAGGAUCACUGAAUGGAACAUUCAAAGUCUUGAUCGCGUUUGCGCUACUAGAACGCAACGAGAACGACGAAGCAUCGUCAUCCAGUGGUCGAAGCUCUCGAAGUGUCGACAUGGCACAAGAUACUCUGGAUAUCCUUAGAAUUCAUGGUAUCGUCCAAGCAUUUUUUGUUGAUGUGCUGGCCGAAGAAAAGCUUGCGCACUUUUGGCUUGAACGGGCAAUUCGUGUUUUCUGUCAUGCUUUCGACGAAAGUCACCGCAGGAUUCAGGAAGACUCAGCGACUGGAAUGCCAGAAGAUUACCUAAGAUUCUCAAUUCAUGGCAAAAAGCUGGGCACGUACCUGGACCGGUUCGAACGGAAGUACCCUGAGCUCUACGACAGUCGAGAACUACUUGAGGCCCGUUUGGACGGCAUUCAGUUUCGGAUCGAGCAACUCACCAAACGACAACGCACACUGGAUUCGGCCUCUGGAGAGGUACUAACUGUGUCAGUGUUCGAGCGUACCAGUAGCCUGUCAGAACUAGACUCGUCAACUCCACCGAGCAACGGUAGCUUGGUGGAGAUGCCUAUGUACGAUGAGAGCAAUGCUCCUCUGGAGUCGCCUACCCCAUAUUCUCCAACUGACUACAAUCCCUACCAUUGGCACGUCGCCUUCCCAUACGGUAUUCUUCCACCAGAUGACGGUGAGAUAUCAAGGACUGUUACACCGCAGCCAGCACCGACAGAGAUCUUUGAGUCCAUAUCAGUUCCAGAGGAUGACGAAUCGCACAUUUCUCAUACGAGUCACAGGACCGUUAAGCGACACUCUGAGCGCCGUUAUCAUGAUACUGCUGGUGCCUGGCGAGCAUCACCGCAGAUACUGAGCGAUCCCCGAGUCAGUCUUAGCAGAGAAACAGUGCGGGGGGUUAUUGGCCUUCCCGCGGCAACACCUCAGCAAGGUGGAAGAUCAAAUUCAUCCGGCAGCAACUAUAUUACGGCCAGUAGUGACGCUGAAAUGACUCUUAAUAAAAUUUCCUCGGCUUCUCCAACACCAAGGAGAGGCGGAACAAUGGCGAGAGACCAAAGCCGCUCAUCGUUGAGUGGUAACACAACCCUGGCACGACCCAAGAUUGUUCCUGGCAGACCUUCAUACAGCGACGCGCAGGCCAAUACAGCGUUUGACGAAAAUCAUCCGACACCAACCUUUUCGAGCGUCAUGGGCACAUCACCUCCACCCUCCUCGAGUUAUACCGCGGCGACGCUUCUGCGUCUCAAAGAGCAGACUGACAAACCCAUAUCAACGGAAGGACUCGCUCCUAUCAAGGUAUCAAGCCCGCUUACGGCGGAUCCGCUUACGAGUGCCGCAUUACCACCGGUCUUGAAUUCGCCGCCAUCGAUAGGAAUUUCAGAUGAGCUCUCUACUGUGGGCCAACCUUCUCUGCCAGGAUCAAGACGUUCGUCUGGUCAGCCAACACGCUCGGCAAGGUCAAGUCCUACGCAGCACAUUAGUCCAUUCCCGCCUCCUCCACCGAUACCAAUCGAGGUCAAUACAACGAGCAGCCUACACUCUGGUCCAAAUAGCAGGAAUGUACAGCACAAUUCUUUCUAUGGACGACUCGAUCAAUCCGCCAUCUACGAGGAUGAAUACGAGCACUUGACGCACUCAUUACCCUCCGUUCGGCCUUACCCUCUAAGCCGGCCACCAAGUCCACCUUAUCCACACGCGACUACAUCUGGGCAACCAGAGCGACCCUCCGUAUCUAUCCAUCCACCGCCUCGGGCCACAUCAGACGCGCGAGCGGAACACUAUCCUCAGGGCUACUGGAGCCAGCCGAUGAGCCGCAAUGCAUCCCAUCAAUCAUCAAAUAGCCACGGCUCAGCGCACUCCCAACCACUCCGCAACAGGAGCCCCCUAGUCGGCACCAGCCCAAUGAUGCUACAAGCCAGCGGCUCAGCACCCAGCUCGCCUGGUGUGCAGAACAUGCAGCGCCCCCGGAGCAGACGCCCAAGCAUCGUGGAGACGGAACCAAGCCCCCGUCUGGGACCGGCCGGCUUCGACGUCGAGCCCACGAGCUACCAAAUCUACCACGACACCCACCGCGGCCGCCGUAGGGCAGGCAGCGGCGGCGGCGUCUAUCCCGGUCAGGUCGUUCAGCAGGUGGUGCACGAGGACCCCUCGCGGCCCAACUUCUUCCGGCGUUUCGGUCGGCGCCGCCGCAGCGGUGACACAUCGACGCUUCACCGUAGGGCGGAGAGCGCCGGUGGGAGGUUGGUGACAGGUGGUGGGCUGGAGAGCAGGUCGAGCCCUCGAGGAAGCCCGGACCUGAGGGGUGCUGGGGGUGCUUUCACUGGGAUUCCUGGCCCCGGAUCGGCGACCGAGGCUGGGAAGGGAGGAGAUGUUGGUGGAGAGAACAUGGCCAGGUCAACGUCCGGAAGUGGUGGGCUCAAGCUUGCGAAUGGCAAGAUGGUGGAGUUUGGGUCUAGUGAUGUUGGGCUGGGCAUCUUGUGA